CGAGUGUGCUCAAAAUAGUACAGAGUGUCCUGUACCUCAGGACCAAGUCUCUUUUGGUAAAUCACAUGAACGGCGAUCUCGCGAUCCGUGUUUCCAUCACAAGGACCACGCCCGCUGGCUGGUUCCCGCCUCUCUUUUUCAAGUGCUGCAGCAAUUGUGAAAGAUUCUGAACAGGACUAUUCUCAAGCACAAGGCUGCUGAUGCACCUGAAAGCUGUUCCUUACCACUUAGGUCUUGGUGGUUUUAGUCCAGCGCCAAUGUUAGAAUACUAGGAUAUUUCCAACCAUAGUCUAGCUCCGCAACCAUGUCAUCCCACGAAGCCAGCUAAUUCGGGCGUUCGUAUUUUCCGUUUCUAGGGCAAAGAAUAGCCCUCUCGCAAAUCAGAGGACCGAUUUUUGUUGAUUAUUGACGCCAUUGCUCCCAACGCCACGCUAGCCCAUAUCCAAUUUCUGUUGGCGCUGUUGUUCCCGACGGGUCGUUCAGUACAGGAUCCGUUGUUCCCCUCCGCCCUAGUCCCCGCUCCAUGUCGCCGCAGGUGAUGCGCGCGACUGCGCCGCGAAUGCUUCCGAUGUCCGCAUCGCACCACCUUCACUCCACCGCCGGGGGAUCGCGCCUCUCGCGCUCGUCCGCCGCUGCUACUGCCACGGGAUGCGCCGCAUCACCCGCCGCAUCCCCCCCCGCAUCCCCCGCCGCUGCUGACGCCGCGCCACCCGCCAAUGCCUGCAGCCCGCGCGAAUCAUCCUGUUAUCCGCGCACGCGCGCAGAGCGCCGCAGCGCUCCGCGGCAUAGACACUCCCGUUCCUUCUCCGGAGAUUUCCCCUCGUUCUACGCCGUUGCGCCGAGUCCCCCCGCAGUUGCUCCCAUUCCCCCCGCUAAUUCCACCGUCCUCGCCUCCAGCAGCCCGCGCAGCAGCGGGCUCCGAAGCGACCCCGCGGAAACGGUCUCCCCCGGCGGAGGAGAGUAUUCCCGCGCUUCCCCCGCCGGCGGCGGAGAUUCUCUCGUCCGGAGGGACGGCACGGCGACUGGCGCACGGCUUUCCGCGCAGCGCUGGUCGCUGCCGCCGGGAACAAGCGUCGACGGCGCGGUUGGUAUGGGGGACUUCCCGCUCACGGAUGGAUUCGGCGGGGGCGGUGCUGACGUGGCAUUUCUGACGAGCCAAUCCCCGCGAAUCGACCUUCUUAGGAGACUGAAGAUCGAAGCUGCUGCCGCGGCGUCGUCGUGUGACUCUCCUUCGUUCUUCUCUCCGUCGCGAGCCACGCCGGCGCCGGCGGCGUGCGACUCGUUUUUCUCGUUUGAGCGACAGGGCAGCGACGGCUGCGUCGGACUGCUGAGCGACGGCUCGUGCGACCUCGGCGACGACGGGAGCUUCUUUCGCGUCCCUACGAAAGGCUCCACUGGCGAAACCUUUGGUAACCUGUUUCGCUUGAGGGGGGUCCUCGGGAGGAGCGGCAGCGGCAGCGGCGACAGCGGCAGUUUCGGUGGCGGAAGCGAAAGCUUUAACGGGGGGAGCGGAAGUUUUAACGGCGGGGGGAGCGGAAGCCUUAAGGGCGGCGGAAGCGGAAGCUUCUGCUGCGGGGGUGCUGCUAGUACUAGCCAGGGCGGCAGGGGCGGCACCACUGGGCGGGCGAGUAUAACCGAGGAAGAUUUUUGGGCGGCGGUGAGCGAUCCUAGCAAUGAUGAUUCGCAACGACCUCCGGCCUUUCCGUCCCAUCUCUCCCAUCCUCCCUAUAGGCAAACCCAUUAUUCGCAUCACCCUGAUGCGAGGAUUCAAAUCCAUCCGACUCCUUUUGACAAUAAGAAUACCAUCCCUCUUCAACGCGUCAGCUCUAUAUCGGUUAUCGCUAGGACCGCCUCGCCUCUAGGUGCCCAAUCCGUUGCCUCCCUUCCUGCCGUUGAUUCCACUGCCAUUGCUACGAAUCCAAUCGCCGCGUCGCUCGGCGAUCUCCCUUCUACCUCUCCCGCCGAAUCGACCGCCGCAUCGCCCGCCGCAUCCCCCGCUUCAGCAGCUGUUCCCCCCGACGGCGCUGCCACUGCCCUCCUCGAAGCUUCCUGCUGCGCUGCGGAACCACUGGCUGAUGCCACGUCAGCAGCAGCUGAACCGUCGCUUGUCGCUUCUGCUGCGAAAGCCAAGGUAACCAGCAGGGCCCUCGCCGCUGCGCGAUUCGCCACGUCAACGUCGACCGGCAGCAGCAGCGGCAGCCACGUGUCGAACAGCACGUGGAGCACCACGGCUACUCAUCUCAGCAGCGAGACCGCGGGCAGCGAGAGAACGAGCAGCAGACUCGGCGGCGGCUGUGACGGCGGAUUUUCCAGCGGAAAUGGCGGUGACACGUGGACGGGUGGUGUAUCCUCGUCUCCUGAUUCGCCGUGUCUCUCUAGCUCAAGCCCGGGAUUCUUUUCGCCAUCUCGCCGAAGCUUCAGUUACCAGCCCAGCUCGUUACAGCACGGGCGGUGGAGCGAGGCGGAGGAUGGGACGGGCGGUAGUGGUGGGGAUGGUGAUGGGAUUGACGUGGCAGCGGUUGAUUGGCACCACUCGCAUCGGUUUUAUAGCGCGUAUCACCAGCCGCAGCACUACGUUCGGCAGCAGCAGCAGCAGCAGCAUUACCAAAGCGAUGGCGUGAGGCUCGGAGAGAGGCUCGGAGAGACCCCUGUUGACUUGACGCGCAACCGGCCGAAGCGCGGGGAUGGCUGGAUAAGAACAGGGAAGGGCGAGGAGAAUGAAGAGGAGGAGGAGAAGGAGGAGGAAGAGGAAGAGGAGGAGGAGGAAGAGGAAGAGGAGGAGGAGGAAGAAGAAGAGGAGAGAGAACAGGAGCAGCAGCAGCAGUUGCAUGUGGCUUCACACCCCAGGGGGGAUGGCAGCAUACGAACAGAGGAGGAGGAGCAGCAGCAACAGCAGCAGCAGCAGCCGCCGCCGCCGCCGCAGGGGGGGCAAGUUGAGGGUGGAGAUGGGUUCGUGAGCUCUGGAUUCAGCUCUGGUGCAAUGGCAGCAGGAGCAGCAGCACCAGCACCAGCACCAGCAGCAGCAGCAGCACCAGCAGCAACAGCAGCAGCGGCAGGAACAAGAGCUUUUGCGAGGACGAAGAAGUACAGAGAGGGAGCGUCGGGGAUGGUUUUCAUCCCUGUCUCUAACGCCUCCGAGUCAACCUCGGCUCCACACUCCCCUCGUUCGAGGAAGGCUCGGAAGGCACGGGAGUCGUGGACGCAAGAGUCCUCGACGCAAGAGUCGUCGGCGCUAGGGUCGCCUCUUUUACGGGCUCUUGGGCGGACGAAGAAAUGCAGAGAUGGGGCGUCGGGGGUCGUUUUUGUGCCGGUCGCUGACACUUUCGUAAGCGCUGAGGACUUUUCUGCUUUUGAGUUGACUCAAGAGCAGUGCAGGGAUGGAGCAGAAGCAUCGGGGGUUGCUUUCGUUCCUGUCUCGGAAACAUCCGCCAGUGCAGAUGACAUGUGCUUUGUAAGCAACAGCCUCACUCCAACUGCUGUUACAACCUGUACAGAAGCCGCUCUUCACGAGGAUGAGGAGGGUGGGGGAGCCAUGGAAGGGAGUGCUAUGGGUGGUAGAUCAGGUUGUGCCAGAAACAACAAGGCGGCAUUCCUAAAACGGACGCUCUCCAGCAUUGUGCUUAUACAGAAGGGCAAAGUACCGGGGGGGAGCCCUGGGGCGUUCGGCGGGGCUGCCAAGCCCAAGUGGUGGCAGCAGUGGCUGGGAAAGAAACCAGCUUGACUUGAAUGCAAAGGCAGGCAAUGUGGAAAGCUUGGGGGGGGGGGGGGGGGGGGGGGGGUAUUGAAGUAAACCACGAACGGUAACUCUGCCGAGUAUACUUCAACAAAGGAAACCAGCUUGAUUGAAUGUAUUGCGAGCCCAUCGUGUUAGACAGGUGGCGGCAGUGACUGAUGAGACUUAGAUACCCAAGUCAGCAGUGACUGAUUAGACAGGUAGGUAGGCCCCGGCCUAAUUUGGGCAACUUUUGAGGCGCCUCGAAAGCCCCGGCCUAAUAUGGGCAACUUUUGGGGCGCCUCAAAAGCCCCGGCCUAAUAUGGGCAACAGUGGCUGGCCUGGAAACUUUUGAAGGCAGAGAGAAACCUUCUUUAUGCGCCUAGAGAAUUGUGUGGAAUCUGGAAUCUUGGAAGGUUCAGGUUGGAUCUCAUUGUCAACUUAUACAUAUUAUCUAUGUAGAAGUU